AAUCACAUAUAGCGAGAGUUCUAAAUUUUAGAACGUCGGAUAUAUGUGACAGAGGUGAUCACCUAAACAACCUGACGGCCGAUUUAUUUAAGGUGGCUGCUUGCCUUAUAUUGCGCUGUUCUAUCGCCAAUAUGGCUACUGAUAGAGCAGGUUAUGAUGUUUUAAGCGAUGAGCAAAAGUCUCUCCUGAGGAAGUUUUAUGAGGAUGGCAUGAAAACAACUUCUAAACAAAUGCAGGAAAGAAUAGCCCGUGCUGCUGACGUGGUAGGAGUAAGCUAUCAAACAGUUAAGAAGUGGAUUGGGAAUGAAAGGAUGAGACGAAAAAGGAAAGAAAUUGGAGAGACUAGUAAUUCUGUUCAAACUGAAGCCCUGCCUGCCAAAUACCCUGCAAAGCGGGUAACAUCGGGCUAUAACAUGUUUUCAUCUAAAAUCCUUGGCUCUGAUGAAUGUAGGUCAAUUGAAUCUAAGGCAGAGAAAAUGAGCUUGGUUGCUUCAAAGUGGAAUCUCUAAGUGACAAUGAAAAA